AUCUUGUUCCUCUACAAACUUGCGACUGGACUCUUCUCCUUCUAAACCUCUCGCACCACGCGACACGACACGACCUUGAGAGCUUAACUAUCAGCCCCUCACUAAGCGCUUCACUCUUAUCCCUAUCCCUACGCUCCGGCUUUCGACGUAACCUAUUUCCUCCCCCAAUCCUCUCGACAUCGACUUCGAUAUCGUCGUCGCCUUCUCCAAUACUUUCUCCUGCGCAAGCGACACUUCAAUACGCUGAGACUGUCCUUGUCCUUGGCAACUCGGCUUCCAGUCCCUCGUUUCUCUCGAGAUAAAAAGACUCCCGAACCGUCCAACUUGAGUUCAACCAUCGCGCAAUUCGCGCUCUAUCUCUACUCGCCGACAACGACCCCAAGUCUAAAACGUCAUGGGUAAAUCACAGUCCAAGCUCUCUCAAGAUCAGCUUGUUGAGCUUCAGAAGUCAACCCAUUUUGAUAAGAAGGAACUGCAGCAAUGGUACAAGGGUUUCCUUAAGGAUUGCCCGUCGGGUACGCUCACCAAGGAAGAGUUUCAGAAGAUUUACAGACAAUUCUUCCCUUUUGGAGAUCCGAGCUCAUUCGCCGACUAUGUAUUCAACGUGUUCGACAGCGACAAGUCCGGUACUAUCGACUUUAAGGAGUUCAUUUGUGCGUUGAGUGUCACCAGCAGAGGCAAGAUGGAAGAUAAGCUGGACUGGGCAUUCCAGCUGUAUGACAUUGAUGGCGACGGCAAGAUCAGUUAUGACGAAAUGCUGAAAAUUGUCGAGGCUAUCUACAAGAUGGUUGGCUCCAUGGUCAAACUACCCGAAGACGAAGAUACCCCCGAGAAACGAGUAAGGAAGAUCUUCCGCAUGAUGGACAAGGACGAGAAUGGCAGUCUAGACAUGGAGGAGUUCAAGGAGGGCAGCAAACGGGACGAGACCAUUGUCUCAGCGCUAUCCCUCUAUGAUGGUUUGGUAUAGGGGAAGCAAAGGUUCUAUCGGCAGCGAUAUGCAAAAUACGAACAAGAUGGGAAGAGAAAGAGGAAUAACCUGGAUGAAAAGAAGGAUCAACGGAUGCCAAGUUAGUUGGCCAGGAGUGUGAGGAGCUAUUGUCUUUUUGCUUUUCCUGUUUGCCCUUGAUACAAGGGUACGGCUUCUUCUUUUGCUGCGGUCUUGGAGAGGCCUAUGAUUAUGAAAUAAAUCGCUGUGCAAUUUUCAAAGCUGGGUGUUUGUGUUUGUUUAAUUGUGAAUUAUGGACGGAAUUGAUCUCUUUAUGAGUUGCUUAUAAAUGCUCAUUUGCCUUGGGAGCUACCCUGAAGUCGAGUUUUGAUGCAGGACUUAUAUGCAUCCAGAAAACUGCUGGUGUUCACAGCUGGGUCAGGUAAAUUGCUUGCAGUCAACUUAUUGCAAACUGAAACGAUAAUAUUUCAAUUAAAGCAUUCAAAUUCUGUAAAAACAUCCAACCGAUAAAUAACAUCUGAUUCAAGAUGGGCUUGGGGGUCCACCUAUACUAACCCCAUAAUUAGUAGCUUGUUGUCGUAUCUAAUAUCUCAUCAGAUCCUUACAACACCGUAACACAGGCAGAGAAAAAUACAAAGAUUUUGCAUUUGUUC